AUGGCCGAAGGCUUUCAUAAAGCUUUGGAGGAGAUAAAUCGAAAGCUGGAAAAGCUAGACGCUAUCCAAACAACAGUAAAUGAUGUCCAAACGUCCCUUCAAAAAUUGGAAGGAAGAAUACAGAAGCUGGAAUAUUCGCAAACAACCGCCAGCCACGACAUUGAGAACUUGAAAGGAAGCUUAAAUAAAGCUGAGAAGCAACAGCAGAAUUCGACAGCGAGCCUAAAAUUUUACCAGGAGAAAACAGAUCUCGCUUUAACCGAUUUGCAGAAGAAAAAUGAUGAUUUAGAAGCUAAGCUUAAAGAGGUACAAGACAAGAAUCUCUAUUUGGAAGCCUACUCGAGGCGGGAAAAUAUAAUUUUUGAAAAUAUUGUGCAAGAAACAGACAAAGAAGACACUGAAUUAGUUGUUCGCACCUUCCUCGAGACGGAAUUAGGAUACAAAGAUGCAAGCACCGUUGAAAUACAGAGGGUUCAUCGCUUAGGAAAGAAGAAGGAAGAAAAGCCCAGGCAAAUUAUC